AUGGCGGUGGUCAGUUUAGAUGAUACUGAGAAGAAAGCGGGUGAAAAGACUCAAAAUACCGAUGAGGAUGAAUGGUACAUUGGAAAAAAGUUUGAAACACAUGAUGAUUUGUUCCGUGCUUAUAAAUCAUAUGCAAAACGUGAAGGAUUUGCAGUUAGAAAAAGAACUAAUCGGAGAAACGAAGAAGGAAUCAUAAGAAGUGUGAUGUAUGUUUGUAACCGAGCAGGAAAUCCUGUUAACAAGACUAAAAAUAUAGCCAAACAUCGCAAGAGCAAUUGUUGUGAUUGCAAGGCUUACGUUACUGCAAGAUUGGAUGAUGAAGACAAAUGGGAGAUUAGUCAACUUAAGCUUGAUCACAAUCAUACGUAUGAUCCAAGUCUGUCUCGGCAUUAUCGACAACAUCGGAAAGUUGAACCACAUGUAUUACGUACUAUCGACCUUAAUGACCAAUCAGGAAUUCCAAUGGAAAAGACUUUCCGCUCUGUGGUGAAUCAGUAUGGUGGAUAUGAUAAAGUUGAUUGCAGUGAAAAAGAUUGUAGAAAUGCACUUGCAGAAAUACGCCGACUACUUGGUGAAGGGGAUGCAACUGCUUUGAUGAAAUAUUUUUCCAAGAAGGUAAAAGCGAAUAAUGGGUUUUAUUUCGAAGUUGACUACGAUGAUGAAAAUCAAUUGAGAAACGUAUUUUGGGCUGAUGGUUGGAGUAGAGAAGCGUAUAAAGAAUUUGGCGAGGUCAUUAGUUUUGAUGCCACUUACAUGACAAACGAUUAUGAGAUGCCUUUCCCUCCUUUUGUCGGGGUUAAUCACCAUGGACAAUCAAUAUUGCUUGGAUGUGGGUUGCUUUGUAAUGAAACUACAGAAACAUUUGUAUGGCUAUUUAAGAAGUGGCUAAAGUGCAUGUCUGGAUGUGCUCCGAGAGCAAUUAUAACUGAUCAGUGUCAAGCCAUGAAGAAUGCGGUUGAAAUUGUUUUUCCGGAAGCUAGGCACAGAUGGUGUCUGUGGCACAUAAUGAAAAAAAUUCCUGAAAAUUUUGGUAGUUACAAACAAAGAGAAAAAUUGCGUUUGCUUUGCAAGAGGCAGUAUAUGAUUCCCAGACUCCAGCUGAGUUUGAAGAAUCAUGGAAGAAAAUGA